AUGGCGGCAUCUUGUUUGUGGGCGUGUGGCCUGCAGGCCAAGCUCGUGGGCGUGCGGCCUGCAGGUCAAGCUCGUGGGCGUGCGGCCUGCAGGCCAAGCUCGUGGGCGUGCGGCCUGCAGGCCAAGCUCGUGGGCGUGCGGCCUGCAGGCCAAGCUCGUGGGCGUGCGGCCUGCAGGACAAGCUCGUGGGCGUGCGGCCUGCAGGCCAAGCUCGUGGGCGUGCGGCCUGCAGGCCAAGCUCGUGGGCGCGCGGCCUGCAGGCCAAGCUCGUGGGCGCGCGGCCUGCAGGCCAAGCUCGUGGGCGCGCGGCCUGCAGGCCAAGCUCGUGGGCGCGCGGCCUGCAGGCCAAGCUCGUGGGCGCGCGGCCUGCAGGCCAAGCUCGUGGGCGCGCGGCCUGCAGGCCAAGCUCGUGGGCGCGCGGCCUGCAGGCCAAGCUCGUGGGCGCGCGGCCUGCAGGCCAAGCUCGUGGGCGCGCGGCCUGCAGGCCAAGCUCGUGGGCGCGCGGCCUGCAGGCCAAGCUCGUGGGCGCGCGGCCUGCAGGCCAAGCUCGUGGGCGCGCGGCCUGCAGGCCAAGCUCGUGGGCGCGCGGCCUGCAGGCCAAGCUCGUGGGCGUGCGGCCUGCAGGCCAAGCUCGUGGGCGUGCGGCCUGCAGGCCAAGCUCGUGGGCGCGCGGCCUGCAGGCCAAGCUCGUGGGCGCGCGGCCUGCAGGCCAAGCUCGUGGGCGCGCGGCCUGCAGGCCAAGCUCGUGGGCGCGCGGCCUGCAGGCCAAGCUCGUGGGCGCGCGGCCUGCAGGCCAAGCUCGUGGGCGCGCGGCCUGCAAGCCAAACAAAUCCAGAUAAAAGUGGAUGA